GUGAUGGAAGUGGCUCUAUGCCCCCACAGAAGAUUCAGAAGGUAGUACCGCCAAGUCAAGGGAGGCAACCUGGGGGACCGACUACACUUCCGCCAUUGACCCCCUCUUCCCUUCCUCCUUCUGCGAGCCUAACUCCUACUCACCAGGGUAGUUCGAGUGAGCUUUUUCGUGCUGUUAGCGACCUGGGCAAGGGGCUUCUUGAGGAUAUUGGCCGUGAUGCAUCGACGCUUCAAAGCCUAGACUCCUACCCUCGACUUAGUGUCGAAGUUGUCUUGAAGAGAGGACUCGCUCAAUUGAUGAAGUCACUUGUCACCAUUGGUCAUGCUCAGCUUCGAGCCGUAGAUUACAAGGAGCUGAUCAAGGUGCAGGACGAUCAACUGGUGGAGGCCAGGUCCAAGCUGGAGCAAGCAGAGAGAACUAUAGCUGAACGGGACGAGUCUCUCAAAAAGCAGGCUCAAAACAAUGCUUCCUUGACAACUCAAUUGGAGAAGCAAUCCCUUGAUAUUAAAGAGUUAGUUCGAGACAAUGAGAGGUUGAUUAGCGAGAACGAAGAGCUGAAGCAAGAAAAAGAGCUUGACUUGAUUCGCUUUGAGGAGGCCAGUUUUGACUGCUUCUAUAAGGUCUGGAAGCUGAACAAGCCUCUUAAUCUUGAUUGUUUCCCCAAGGAGGCCCAAGCAGAGGAUCUUGCCAGAUGUGAAGCAAGAGCCGCUGAAGAAGCUGCCAACCCUCCUGCACUCGCCCCAACCUGCUCUGCUAUAUCAUUUCGAGCGAGAGGAGCAGCUGAUGCAGAGGAGGGAGUCGAUCAACCCUCUAGAGGAGCUCGCCUGUGACU